UGGAAGAGUUUAUUUGGAAGAUAGGCGGAGACGGAAUAGGUUCGAAUAAAGAAACGAUACGGAAGAUGUGGCGCAUGCGCUCGUGUCAAUUCUUUGGCCAUGGAUGAUUUUCGUGUCAAACUGGCAGGAGUGACAGCAGAAGUUAUGCUGUUGCUUCUUUCUGAUGACGAAAUGAGAUUUUUUUCGUCUGGAGAGGUUGAAGAAGUUGUGGCCCCCUUAUUGGGUGAAGAGCGCGUAGCCAGAACUCGCAUACUUGGGUAUGUUGAAAGGGUUGUCUGGUCAUACGACGACUACACGUUUAGAAGGCAUUUUAGAAUGACAAAGCUGACGUUUAACAUUGUGUUGCAAGUUAUUCAGAGGUAUAUGGGAAGGGAGGAUGAUAGCAGGCCUGGUCGACCAUCUGUUUCAACAGAUAAGCAGUUGUUGUUAACUUUGUGGUAUCUUGCUAACCAAGAAACCAUACGAAGCAUUGGGGACAGAUUUGGUGUGUGUGAUGCAACUGUCCAUCGUACUGUUCGAAGAAUGAUGACUGUUGUCAAGGAAGCCAUCAUGGGUGAGCUGGUGGUCUGGCCAACUGGUGACCGAGCUGAAGCAGCCAUUGAGGGUUUUAGGGCACGUUGCGGAGUGAAAAAUGUGAUUGGAGCUAUAGACGGCUGUUUGUGA